GACCUGCGACAACAUCUCAAGCGGAGCCUUUGACCACCAAGAUAAGUUGGCCAUGUCUUUGUCCUUCGAGAGACAUAAAUAGUGGUGCGUGUGGACCCUCUUCAACCCGUACCCAAACAACCAAAGUCAAUUAUCGCCACUCGAGGUCAGCUCUUUCGAUGCCUGUUCAUCGCACAGAAUAUUCUAAGCCUCGAGCUCGUGGUAGAAAUAACUGUCCAUUUUGUAAACAAUACUUUCCUGGCGAAUCGCUCAAGACACACGUUGAAGAAACCCAUUUGCAAGGAAGGCGUCCAACUGAAGAUGAUCCACUUCACAUAUGCACGUCUCCGGGCUGCGAUAAGUGGUUCAUCCAGCGAAGCAACCUUCAGACGCACGCAAAGAUUCAUACGGGUGUCAGGGAUAAGAUUUGCCCUCAUCUGAUUCCGAGCAAGUCUGGCUCGGAAGAGCUGAAAAAAUGCCUAUGGAGUUCGGGAGAUCCUGGGUGUCUCACACGUCAUAGAAGGGAAGUCCACGGCUAUCGUCCCAGUCACAAGAAUUCAGUGGACCCAUGGGUUAUGGAGGAAAGCACCGAGCGUCAUGGAGGAACACUGGACUGGGAUGAGGCUCUGGCGAUACAUCCCCGGAGAAUUCGGGCUAAGGCUGGGGUGAAGGAAUCACGCAAGUCUCAGCAGACUGGAGGCACUCCUGCUCGUGCACGAAAUCGACAGUCUCCCGCCGCGACACGAUCACGUCCUACUUUCCUCCAUCCAUCUGCCGCUCUUGAGGCUUCAGGUAUCCCUCCGAACCCUGGUGCUAUAGCACUGAUUCUAAAAAUGGAAAGAUCUGCUUCGGCUGACAGCGAAUCCGUUCUUGCUCAAGCUGCUGGUCCAUCCGGAAGUUCGCUCAUUGAUGUUGAUGUCCCGAGAAAUCAUUCUGCUGAAGUACAGGUGGGAUCGUCGCCUAGAGAGAAGAGUCCAACGCCGGAGCCGUCUCAAGUAGCUGAACCCCAACAACAAGCUGUUGUCGAACCACCCUCAGCCGCGGAUGAUCUUCCGACGUCCAAGACUAUCAUGACAGUACCCGAGGGACGACCCCGAGGUAAUAACGUUAAGCUUCGGGUGACAACGGUGUGACUUGGCAUUUGGGAAUCGAUUCCAGAGCAGGGAAGUACGUUCAUACACAAGUCGCUCCUGUCAACGAGGAAACUCCUUUGUGUUUCUGUUCUGGAUCGCCCUCUUCCCAUUGUUCAUUGUUGCCUCAUUAUCAGACAUGUUUCAUGUAUUUUUCAGUUCGGACAGGAGUGUGUAUGGUAUCCCCUAGGAUAAAUGAAUAUGCUGUUAAUGGAAUGUAAAUUCUAUGUAUGCUGACAGUGCAUGUCUACUUUCAUCUGACCCU